UUUCACUGCCUUGGGAUCUAGAGGGUGAAGGGGAACCAGAGCGCACAAGGGAACUGACUCAGGAGGCAGAGAAGAUGGGCAUCCUCAGCGUAGACUUGCUGAUCACACUGCAAAUUCUGCCAGUUUUUUUCUCCAACUGCCUCUUCCUGGCGCUCUAUGACUCGGUCAUUCUGCUCAAGCACGUGGUGCUGCUGUUGAGCCGCUCCAAGUCCACUCGUGGAGAGUGGCGGCGCAUGCUGACCUCAGAGGGACUGCGCUGCGUCUGGAAGAGCUUCCUCCUCGAUGCCUACAAACAGGUGAAAUUGGGUGAGGAUGCCCCCAAUUCCAGUGUGGUGCGUGUCUUCAAUCCCGAAGGAGGUGACAAUAGUGGAAAUGGUGUCCCGGAGAAGACAACUGACGGAGCUGAAUGCCACCUUCUUGACUUUGCCAGCGCUGAGCGCCCACUGGUGGUCAACUUCGGCUCGGCCACCUGACCUCCUUUCACUAGCCAGCUGCCAGCCUUCCGCAGACUGGUGGAAGAGUUCUCAGCGGUGGCUGACUUCCUGUUGGUCUACAUCGAUGAGGCUCAUCCUUCAGAUGGCUGGGCGGUGCCUGGGGACUCCUCUUUGUCUUUUGAGGUGAAGCGGCACCGAAACCAGGAAGAUCGAUGUGCAGCAGCCCACCAGCUUCUGGAGCGUUUCUCCUUGCCGCCCCAGUGCCGAGUUGUGGCUGACCGCAUGGACAAUAAUGCCAAUGUAGCUUAUGGAGUAGCCUUUGAACGUGUGUGCAUUGUGCAGAGACAGAAAAUUGCUUAUCUGGGAGGAAAGGGCCCCUUCUUCUACAAUCUUCAAGAAGUCCGGCAUUGGCUGGAGAAGAAUUUCAGCAAGAUGAAAUCUAGAUUAGCUGGUUAAAGGUAUGAUUGUAAUAGAGCUUAUUAUUUUUAAAAAAAAUUAUGUAAAGAAAAGGAAAUUAAGAACUGAAUCCAUAUUUCGACUGAGUCCCAUUGUCUUACUGAAAGACAGGAAUUUACCUGUCAGAAGAACAUGAACCUCUAACAUCUCAGUACUUCUUUCACCACUCAAAUGGCAUGGGGCUAAAUAGUAGCUCUGUCACUUCUCUUCUUAGUGAAAAGAUCCUAAGAUGGAGAGGAAGAAACCCUGACUCAGCAUGUGUUCAUUCUGCUUUGAGAAAGAAGUUAUACGGCUGAUGCAUGCUUUGGGACCAGAAGAAAAGACUUACCUGAAUAAUUACUAUGUUAGGGAAGCUACUGUCUAUGUUAAGAUAAAGAUAUUGCCUUGGCUUUAUUCAGCAUGGAUAGAGCCCAGCUGGAAAAUUCGCAAAUAUUUACUUAUAAUGAGUCCUUGAACCCAGGCCACGUGGUUAAGACCUUGGUGUUUAAUACAUUCUAGUUUCUAGCAACGCAGUGCUCUAUGUCAGUCUACAUAGCCCAAAAUUCACAGGUGUAUGUGUAGAUAACAUGAAUGAUCCCUUAACCUGGAGUGUUACAGUAACCAUCUGAAAUCUGAGGGUUAUUUUCUAGGCAGAUGGAGAAGGCACUAGAAAAAAAAAUCAAAUUGACAAGCUAGGUAAGAGAAGGCGGAAAGAUUAGGAAAUGUCAUAGAGUUUCACCUUGAAGUUAUAGAGAGUGGGACUAAUUUGGUAGCCACAGAAACAUAGAAACAUAUACAGGCCAGAAAAAGAAGAAGCCCAGCUAAAAAUAGCAUAGAGAAUACACGUAUAAAAACAUCAUACACUCCUAGA